UUUAUCUGAACGUUGCUACAAUACGUUGUUAAUUUCAGAUAAACACACACAUAACUUUGUCUCUGUCUUUCUCUGUUUUUCCGACAAAAACCAGUGUCAGAAGCUAUGGCGGAGCUCCAAACUCAGGCGGUGGAAACCGUUCCCGUUCCGGCUCCGGCUCCGGCUCCGGUUCCGGUGGUGGAACCCGAGCCGCCGCUGGCUGAGGCGCCGGUGCUUGAUGAAAAGAAACCGGUGCUGGCUCCACCGCCGCCACCUGCAGCAGAUGAAACCAAGGCUCUUGCUGUUGUUGAUAAUGAGAAGAUACCAGAUCCAGUACCAAAGAAAACCUUAGGAGGAUCCCUUGAUAGAGAUAUUGCUCUUGCAGAAAUAGAGAAAGAGAAAAGGUUGUCUAAUGUGAAGGCAUGGGAAGAAAGUGAGAAAUCCAAAGCAGAGAAUAAAGCCCAAAAGCAGCUCUCUGCUGUUGCUGCUUGGGAAAACAGCAAAAAGGCAGCUCUUGAAGCUAAGCUUAGAAAAAUGGAGGAACAACUAGAGAAAAAAAAGGCUGAAUAUGGUGAAAAGAUGAAAAACAAGAUAGCCAUGAUUCACAAGCAAGCAGAGGAGAAGAGAGCUAUGGUUGAAGCCAAGCGUGGUGAAGAAGUUCUCAAGGCAGAGGAAAUAGCUGCAAGACAUCGUGCAACUGGAAGCACUCCAAAGAAGCCCUUUGGAUGUUUUUAAUGUGUUUUCAAUGCUUUUGGGUUUGAAUUCUCAUACCAAUGGUGAAAUUUUGUGUAUUUAUAUGUCUUUCUUUUCUCAUGGUGUUUAUGUGUGUUAGAAAGUAAUGGAAAGGGAAAACAUACAAAGUUUGUAACAUACAGGACAGCUCUUAGAUCUGUUGCUUAUAUGAAAUGUUCAAUGGUAUUUAUUAAUGUAUUGAUUUUCUUAUAACCA